AUGUAUAACCCGUACCAGCAGCAGCAGCAACAGCAGCAGCAACAACAAUCUCAGUACGGGUUUGCACCACAGCAAACUGGCUUCAACCCAGGCAAUUACCAAGUGCCACAGCCGCCCCAACAGCAGUAUGGGCAGCCUACAGGAUAUAAUGCUUAUCAACAACCACAACUUCAAACACAGUCAUUAGGGUACUACGCUUCUCCUCAAUUACAACAACCGGUGCAACAGCAACAGCAGCAACAACUUCAACCCCAACAGACUGGAUUUAUCCAAACUCAACCAACUGGAUUUGGUCCUUCCGCUCCCACCGUUUCCGAGAACAACGAGUUGAAGAUUCCGGCGAUCAGAUUGUCGUUUCUUACGGCUGCUGACCAAACGAAAUUUGAGCAUUUGUUUAGAACUGCAGUUCCUAAAGGAGAGCAGGCUGUUAAUGGAGACGCAUGUAGAGAUAUACUCUUACGAUCUGGACUCCAGCCGGUGACUCUUGCUGAAAUUUGGUCCCUUGCAGAUACGAACAAGUCUGGAUCAUUGUUGUUCCCAGAGUUUGCUCUCAGUUUACAUCUUUGUAACAUUGCCUUGAGAGGAGACUCAUUACCAAACACUUUACCCGAGAGAUGGACAAAUGAAGUUAAGAGUUUUGUUGACGCUAUCAGUUUCAGUGUGCCUGAAGAUUCGAAUAAGAUCUUGUCAAAUACGCCAUUUGCCUCCUUUGGAACUGAUACUGCAAGUAACAAUGCCACUAAUGACUGGUUGGCCCCUCAAGCCACUGGUUACAAUAGUGGAAUUUCUAGUCUUCCUUCAACUUCGUUCCAACCUCAGCAAACGGGCUUUCAGUCUCAAGGUCCUCCUCCUCCAACUGGAUUCCAGCCUCAGGCUACUGGAUUUCAACCAAGCAGUAAUUUUGGUGCUUCGUUGAUUUCACAGAGAACUGGUGGAGGAACUUUGAUCCCCUUGCAGCCACAGCAAACCGCUGGUCUAAUUCCUGCUCAAAAAACUGGAUCUUUGUUACCUCAACUGACUGGAUACCAACAGCCUCCUCCUCCUCCUCCUCAACAGCAGCAACAACAGCAACAAAUACCUUCUCAAAGAACUGGAAAUGGUUUCCAAAGUCAGCCCCAGUUGAUAUCUCAGAGAACAGGUGACCAGGGUAUAAUGGGACAACAAAGGACUGGUGGCUUCCAACCUCAGUUCCAGCCUCAAGCAACAGGAUUCCAGCCUCAAGCUACGGGAUUCCAGCCUCAAGCUACAGGAUUCCAACCUCAAGCAACGGGUAUGGCUCCUCUCCAGUCACAACCUACAGGUAAGCCUGGUCAGUGGGGAUUUGUAUCUAUGCCUACUGGCGGAAUUCCAGGUUUGAACGCCCUUCAACAGCAUUUCCAGCCAAGUGCUCAAUUACCAUCUUCACAACUUCAAGAUGCAAUGGGUGGAGCUUUAAAGACUAACGUGACUUGGGCAAUUACCAAGCAAGAGAAGCAAAUUUACGAUGGAAUUUUUUCAGCUUGGGAUACUGGUAAGAAGGGUUCAGUAAAUGGGGAUGUAGCUAUUAGCAUUUUUGGUAAGUCAGGAUUGAGUAGACCCGAUUUGGAAUCUAUUUGGAACCUUUCUGACACCAAUAACAAUGGAAAAUUGAACAAGGAUGAAUUUGCUGUAGCAAUGCAUCUUGUUUACAGAAGGUUGAAUGGAUUUGAAAUUCCAAUAAGAUUACCACCAGAAUUGGUUCCUCCAUCGACAAAGUAUUUGCAAGACUCAAUGAAUUCUCUAAAGAACUCUUUGAGAUCUGGUAGCGUUUCUAAUCAAAGCACAGCUGCUUCGGUUAGUGCAAGUACUUCUAAAGCUGAUGGCAAGAGAUAUAAGAAUGAUGACAAUAAUGUUGGAUAUGUCUCUUCUACACGUCAUAGAAGAAGAGAAACCGAUAAUAGUGAAGAAACUAGUUCGGUACAAUCUAGUAAAAGUAGCAACUUGUCAAUUGAAGACAUGAAGAAAUUAAUUAGAGAAAAGAAAAUUCUAUUGGAUGCUAUUGAUGCGGAAGACCAAGAUUCUGCCUCAAGAAAGAAUGAGACUACAUUGAGAAAUAAUCACGAAGUAGAAACAUUGAAGGCUAAAAUUUUAUCCAUUCAAAAUCAAUUAUCCACUUUAGGAAUAAAAAGCGGUUCUGGUGGUAGUAAAAAGGAACUUUUAGGAAGGUUGAAUCAUUUGACUAGAGAUAAAGUUCCAAAGUUGAUUUCAGAUAUCAAUAAUAUCAACAAAAGUAUUACAAAUGCCAAAAUUGAACUUGCAAAGAAAAACUUGGCAAAAGAAAACCCCGGCUGGCAACCAGACAAUUCUGAAGCUUCUAUUGUUGGAACCGGUCCAAACGGUGAAGUCACAGACGCAGAUAGACGUAAGUUUAAAUCGAAGCAGUUGUUGAAACAGCGUAUGGCUGCCUUAACUGGAAAGUCAUACGGUGGAGAGGGUAAUAAAGAUCUCGACUUAAAGUUCCAGCAGCAAGUUGAGGUGGCCAGAAAAGAGAAUGAAAAUGAAUCUGAAAUAGUUGCAGAUAUUGAAAGUGGAAUUAAAGAGUUGGAAACUAACAGUUUUGGGAACUUACAAACUUCUCAAAAAGAUGAUCUUAGUGAAAGUAAGUGGGAAAAUGGCCUGGGUGUUUCGGAAGUAGUCGCAAAAUUUAUUCAGGGGUUAAAUGCUUCAGUUGCCAACACUUCGCCUGCUAAGCAAACACCUAGUACUGUCACCGCUCAGGCUCCUCCAACAGUAGCCACAUCCUCACCCAAUAACUCACGUACUGCUAUCGAUAAGCCCGUACUUGCAACAACUCCUUCUUACACUAAUGCGGAAGAAAGAGCUGCUUAUAUUAAAGCGCAAGCUGAAAAGAAGAUGAGUGAAAGGUUGGCAAAACUCGGAAUUACCAGGCGCAAGACUAGCAGCUUCAGUGAAUCUUCGGAGCCACCAGUCACCAAAGAGUCCAAAAGUGUAGUUAAGGAAGAAGUUCCUAUUAAGGAAGUUUUACCAGUGAGUGCUCCUGCAGUAAACUCAUCUCCAUCUAAACCCCCUGUUGCCAAUGCAACUUCAGAUGAUGAAGAGGAAGAUGCAGAGUAUGCUGCGUUGUUGAGACAGAAGCAGCAAUUGGAAAACGAUGAACGUGAGAGAAAGUUGAAUAAGAAGAAAGAAAAGGAGGCCCGCUUGGCAAAAUUGAAAAAAGAAAUGGAAGAUUUGAAAAGAAAGGAAGCAGCAGAAGAGGACUCCAGUGACGAUGACGAUUUACCAGUUACACAGGCUAAGACUUACGGUCCUACUUCAGCAAAACCAAAGGUUGAAGCUUCUGUAAAUGGAACUAACACUUCAGGUAUUAAUUCCGCACCAAGUAAUGUUGAGCAACAACCAGUCAACACCGUUGGUGCUAACGCAACUCCAAACACAUCACAUACAGGAAAUCCAUUUGCUAAGAAGGAUGCCCCUAACGCUGCAAACACAUCAAGAUCUAACACAAAUCCAUUUUUCAAGCCUACAAACCAAGAAGUUGGGAUUGAUCCCAAAAAGGCUGCUGCUCAAAGGGAAUCUCAAAGAGGUGUUGGUAACUCAAGCGAUGGAUGGAGUGACUCCGAAGAUAAUGUUUCCGAUGAUGAAAUUCCAAACAACGGAGGAGCUGCUCAGCUUGCAAGUUUGCUCUUUGGAGGUAUGUCACAACCUCAACAGUCAAACAAUGCAACUCCUACUAUUGAAAAGCCUCAACCUAAGUUUACAGAGGUUGCAUUGAAGAAGGAUAUCUCAGAAGUCACUCCUCAAGUUGAUUCUGAUGAAUUUUCUACACCUCCACCGGGCGAUGCUCCUGCACCACCACCUUUGCCAUCCAACGAUGCUCCACCGCCACCGCCAUUGCCAUCCAACGAUGCUCCACCACCACCGCCAUUACCAUCCAGUGAUGCCCCACCGCCACCGCCAUUGCCUUCCAAUGAUGCACCACCACCACCGCCAUUGCCAAAUUUUGCUGCUCCUCCUCCUCCUCCAUUUCCAAAUUCAGGUGCACCACUGGCUCCACCUCCACCUCCACCUCCAACUUCCCUCGGAAGUUCUAGUGCUGGCUCUGCAGCUCCUGCUCCAUUUGACCUUGGUCCCUUAUUGGGUCAAAUCACUGGUGGAAAGUCAUUAAGAAAAGUAGAUGAGAGCGAAAAGAGAAUUGCAGACGGUGCAAUGGUUGGAAGAGUACUCUAG